AUGGCAUGUCCCCGGCACCUGGUAUCUGUGAACGGGGCAGCUCUGGUACAGACAGAGAGGUUCCAGAUGUUCGCCUUCUCCGUCUGCUGGUCGGAUGACAGCGACACCUUUGCACGCAGGAGCUGGGAGGAGUUCAGGAGACUCCAUAAAACGCUCAAGGAGACCUUUCCAGUGGAGGCAGGCCUGCUGCGGAGAUCUGACCGCAUUCUCCCCAAGCUUCCAGAUGCAUCCUUGUUGGUGCACCGGGGCCGCACGGGCAGAGGCCUGGCACGCCUACAGCUGCUGGAGACCUACACAAGGGCGCUGCUGGCGGCAGGGGAGCGUGUGGCCCACAGCCCUGUACUCACUGGCUUCUUUGCACCGCAACCUAUGGACCUGGAGCCUGCGCUGCCAGCUGGCAGCCUGGUAAUCCUUCCCGCCUGGCAAGAGCCCCUGCCAGGCCCCACGGGCAGCCCUGCCAUCCGCAGCCUGGAGGCCCAGAGCCUGCGCUGCCUGCAGCCCUUCAGCACCCAGGAUACGUGGGGCCAGCCCUUCCAUGCUCAGGCCCAGGAGGCCCUAGACGUGCUGCUGCGACACCCCUCAGGCUGGUGGCUGGUGGUGAACAAGGACCAGCAGACGGCAUGGUUUCCUGCUCCCUACCUGGAGGAGGUGGCCAUGGGCCAGGGACGAGACGCGGGACAGCGCCUAGAGAGUAAUGGGUCCCAGUUCUACGCUUCCCGUGCCUACGAGAGCAGCCAAGCUGACGAGCUGUCGGUGCCCGCGGGGGCACGUGUGUGUGUGCUGGAAACAUCAGACCGUGGCUGGUGGCUGUGCAGGUUCCAAGGCCACACUGGCCUUCUCCCAGCUGCCAUGCUGCAGCCUGAUGUGCUGGGCACACUCCUCAGCGGGCUGCGGCUCCACCUCCGGGCAGAUGGUGGGGAGGACAGGGAGGGCGAAGCCCAAAGCUCCCCCAAGUCCUCCCAGGCUGUGACCCUUCCGCCUCCUGUGCCUGCCCGACCGCCUCGGAGUGCCAUUCAGAGCCGCUGCUGCACCAUCACCCGUAAGGCACUGGGGCGGGACCCAGGGUGUCAGGGACCCCGUUGAGAGCGUGCAGCACACUGUGGAAGGCUGCACUGUGCACCCCAUGGCUGGAGCGGCAGCCCAGGGCCUCCAGACCCCAGGA